GAUGCUGACAUCCAGCUUCUGAUCAACUGUUACAUUCGUGCUGAUGUUCUCUUCUAGAGCCUACUUACCUUGAGAAGAUAAUUUAGUUCGAGGCUGAUUAAGUUGAGGACGAAAGGCCUUGAAAUACUGUUUCAUUCAAUCCGUAUUACACGCUGCUGUUUUUGGAUCGGCAGAGAUCUAAAUUCACACAUAUUUCCCCAAAUACUCGUUGAAAAGUAAACUUCCAGGGCACUCAAAUUUACCAUUUCUAUGUCAGAACCCUCCAAAUCGCGGACUUCCUUCUCGGAUCUUCCUAUCGAGCUUCGCUUAGUUAUUUGGAAUCUAGCAAUAUCUCCCCGAGCUGUAGUAGUCCAAUACAACUACACCAAAAAAUCCUGCAUCUCAAAGGACAUCCCUUCUUUACUCCUCGUUUCGCGCGAAGCUCGAGCCGAAGCUCUUCAAAAAUAUGAGAUAAGUUUUGGAACUCGUUCCGAAGUCAAUUCAACCAUUUACUUCAACUACGAACUUGACACUGUUGUCUUUGAUUGGGAAUCCUUCCGAGAUUCUUAUCCGAGCCGUCACAUGUCUUACCACGAAGAAUGUUGUCGGAUCAAACGGAUUCGUGUGUCGGACAAAACUCUUGAUUAUCUAGUCAAAAAUGGGAUGCGAGAUUUAACUACUUUCAAAGAAGUCGAAGAAAUCUCUAUCUCGGGAUGCUAUGGGGGUGCGGUGAAAUCUAGAGAAGAAUAUUUCCUGUCGAGAUUAAGCGACUGGUUCAUGGACGACGCGGGUAUGAAUUGCUAUAGUACCCAAAAUGGUCACUUCCUACCGAAGUUUAGUUGUCUUGAUGGCGGUCGCGAUUGCCCAAGACAUUUUUGGUUCCGGCAGUGGAAUAAUUGGGCUGGACCAAGAGGAAUACGGAAGAUUGACUGGACGGGCAUGUUCAUAGAGGCUUACAUAAAUCUAGGUCUCUCGGAUUGAAAGAGGUAAAGGACGCUGUUCAGAAAUCAGUCAGAUGUGCAUCACGUUUGAGCAUGACGGAGUUUGAAUUCGACUCUCAAAUUACAUGUUUUGUUAACCUAUUUUGUUAACCUAGAUCUUAGAUAAUUAGCAAGUCAGAUACGGACAGCAAGGACCUGGCGGAGGUGAUAUCCGACUCGCAGGACUUUAUGAACCCAAGUGCAAAAGAUGACUUAUGAUUACUUUGAGACUAAGGUAUAUGUAUACGUGGGAAGCUCUCAAUCACAAGAAUAAUGUAAAUAGCUAAACGUAGUGCAAUUAUUGACUUAUACCA